AUGUCCGCCGCGAAAAUGUGGGUGCGCGUCGAGAGCCGGAGCCGCGUGGGCCGCUACUACUGGAAGCGCACGGACGCGAGCGCGAGCCAGUGGUCGACGCCGCCGGCGCGCGAGCUGCUCGACGCGACCGCGAGCUGCAACGGCGCGCUCGCGGCCGCGCCGCGCGUGCUGCUCCGCGAGGCGUGCGGCUGGCUCGACCCGGCGUCGCUGGCGCGGCUCGCCGCCACGCACCGCGGCGGCUUCGCGGUCGCCGCCGCGCCGGACCUCUGGGCGCCCAAGCUCGCGGGACCCUGCGCCGGCGACCCGCUGCUCGCCUUCGGCGCGCCGGCGAACCGCUCGGACGUCGCGGCGACGAUGCGCUGCGACGCCGCGGGCCGCGAGCUCUUCGCCAUUCGCCGCGAGGCCCAGCUCGACGAGGCGGCCGACGCCGCGCGGGGCUCGGGCGCCCGGCCGCAGAAGCCCGCGCCCGCGCGCGCGGCGCUCGACAAGCUCUGCCGCGACCCGUGCGUCCGCGACCUCGUCGCCGGCGGCCUGCUGUCCGUCGACGACCUGCGCCAGUGCGCCAUGCGCUUCGCGGCGCGCUGCGCCCGCGGCGCGAGCCCGAAGCCCCUGAGCCCCAACAGCGCGAAGAAGCACUCGUCCGUGCUCCGCCACGUCGUCCUCGAGGACGACUUUCUCUUCGACGCGCUCAAGAAGCGGUCCCCGCUCUUCGCGCCCUACCGCCGCAGCCACACGCUCGCGGCGCUCGACGCCCUGGGCCCGGAGCCGACGCGCCUCGGCGUCGCGACGCUCGAGGCCCACGCGGGCAAGGACGACGCCUUGGCGUUCGCGGUCUACAACGCGGAGCGCCUCAAGCGGUCCUGCGUCAAGUACGCGGGCGUGCGGUCGCCCGCGGCCAUCCUCGGCGCCGUGCUGUCCCUGUCGGCGGCGCUCCGGGGCCGCGUCGCCGACGGGGCCUACUUCGUGCCCGUCGAGGGCGGCUACGCGCGGCUGCCGUCGCCCCUGGACCAGCUCGUGACGCCGACGACGCCGGACCUCGAGAGCAGCGUCGCGGGCCUCGGGGCGAAGACGCAGGAAUUCCUCGCCGCCGGCGACAAGGAGCGCGCCCGGGAGUCGCUGCGCACGGCGCGGCGCCUCGUCCACGGCAACGAGGCCAUCUCGGAGCGCGCGCGCGGGCAACUGACGGCGGCGAUCGACAACAGCCAGGCGGUCUACGCGAUGGCCUGCGGCCACCCGCACACGGCGCUGCGCUACCUCGAGCGGGCCCUGGCGUUGAACCUGCACGACGGCAACGACGGCUCCCUCGCGACGACGUGCAUGAAUCUGACCGCGGUGCUGAGCCACCUCCGGCACCACGACCGCGCGCUCAAGCUCGCGGAGGCGGCGAUCCUCCUCACGGCCGAGGAGACGGACCCGGCGCGCUGCGCCGCGGCCUACUUCAACCUGGCCGUGCAGCAGGAGGUCAUGGCGCGCGGCGCGCGCGGGCCCGGCCUCCGCAAGAAGGCGCUGGAGUCGUACGCGACGGCGCGCGCGCUCGGCGGGCCCGACGGCCCCGGCGCGCUGCGCGAGGCCCGGCGCGUCGCCGCGCUGGCCAUCGACGCCCUCAAAGCGACGGACGCGGCCGAGGCCGCCAAGGUCGUCCGCGCGCGGCUGCGGGCCGCGACGCGGCCGUGCGGUGUGAACACCGUGCCGCCCGAGGCGGAGAUCGACUCGAACCUGCCGCGCGUCAAGCUCUUCGAGGCCGCCUUCGAAGAGUGCCGCCCGGGCCGCAAGAGCGGCCGGUCGCCGCCGAAGCCGUCGCCGCCGAAGGCGCCCGUCGUGCUCUUCGACAAGAACACGCUCUACCCGACGCGGCCCGACGCGGCGACGCCGCCCAAGCCCGGCGCGCCGGCGCGGCCCCGGAGCCGCACGGGCGGCGCGUCGCCGCGGUCCCGCGGGCUCCGCGCGCCCGAGCCCGACGGCGGCGGCGGCGGCGGCGCCGGCGACGCGGAGCCCGACGCCGCGGCGACGGAGCAGGCGGCGACGGAGCAGGACGCCUACCUCCGCGGCCUCGAGACGGAGCUCAACUCCUACACGGCCGUGCCCCUCCAGGACCUCCAGCUCCAGGACGACCGCGACUUCGUCAUGGUCGACCAGCAAUAG